UUGAGAGAAGUGGUGUGUUGUCAUUUUCCAGAAAUUUCGAUCAAAGUGCAAUAAAAGCGGUUAAUUUCAUCGUCGCGUGUCCGCGUGCAUCAAGCACGCGCUUUGUCAUGCAGACACACCUCUACUAAGCGACACAUUCCCGGUAAACAGGAGCAGUGCAGAGGAAGGAGAAUGGGGAAGAAGGAUGCCUCUGGGACCAGAUUACCAACAAUUGAUCAGUACCGAAAACAGAUUGGUAAGCAGGACUACAACAAGUCAAAGUCGUCCUUGAAGGCCACACGGCUGAGAGCUGAAGCGAAGAAGAACUCCUCUGGGUUCAGGGAUGCGUUCCUGGUCAUCGCUGCGAUCCUGUUCUUUGUCCUCUGUGUCUACGCCUUCUUCUACCUCAACCUGAGCACCGAGAUGGACCUGGAUGUGGAUGUGGAUUAAGGAGAGGCCUCGUCGCUUCACCUCGUCCACGAGGAGGGAACGCAGUCCGUCAUCUUUUUGUCACACUUUUGGUGACGCUGCGCCGUCUAUUCAGGAUGAAUGAGACCGUGCAUCAAAUAACUGGAGAUCUACUUUCCCUAUGAUUUCCUGCAUGGGAGCAUGCAAACUAUAUAAUUAUUAUGCUGAUACUCACACUGCGGUUUUUACAUGUGAGUUUCUUCUGUUCUUUCCCCGAACCCAGAUCUGAGAGAGCAGCUUUGAUUAUCUUUCCCUAAAAUAAUUCGGUGACCUCGUGCUUUGUGGCUCUUGUAUAAUGCCCUGCUGCAAAGUCGACCUACAGCAGAGAAAAUGAGUCGCAUUUUAAUUAAAAUGUUCUUUUCACAAGUCUUCCGCUCUACAGUCGAGGCCGAGCCGCCGUUGAUCAUAUUCCGCGGAGUCACAUCCCUCUGUUUUCCCCACUAAUAGAAAAAUGUAAAUCUCCUGCUGAACUUGUCGUCACAUGGAGACAAAACACUUACCUCACAUUCCAGUGCACAAACCUCUCCUGGAGAUCACAAAGUGUGAGAUUAGAAUCCACAAAGCCUUCGCCCUGAUUGAAUGUGUGUGCAGAAUACAGAACAACACAUUCUACCUGCCGCACGUACAGGCAGCACGGAGACACACACAUCCACGGGAUUAGCAUUACAAAUAGGAUCCUGUUUUUUCAUUUGAAUGGAAAUUGCCGAGAUGAAUUACGACUAAGCCACUGUGCUCCUUAUAAGCAAUACCGUGAUUGUUUUUCCGUCUUGUCAAACGUAGGAUGUGAUGUGUCUCUGUAUGAAUGAGAAGGUUUGUCAAAGCCUCUUUAUCCCUACUCUUCUUGCAUGAGUAUGGCAAGGUGCAAGGCCUGACCUUCCUAUUACCAUUAAGUCUAAGCGCUUCCACAGUUCCAGAGAUUCUUUGGUCACAAAGAGACGGCGGCUUUUGUUUAGUCCAUUUGCUUUAAAUGUGUUUUUAUCACUUUGUAUUCCCAUCACUAUCAAUCGCAAUACGGUCUUCUAAAAGGAAACGGAUGCUUUGUGUUGGAUCUGAUUCUUUUAUAUUAGUGUAAUGCAUAGAAGGCCAAAAACACGAGACCAAGUGACUUCUUUCAUUCCCUUUUCUCGAAGUAUCUUUUAAAAGCCAGUAUUGUGUCUGGGCCUGACUGUUCUUUGGCUUCGAUGACAUGGGAGAAUGAUUUUGAGCUUUCAGUUUGUGCUCUUUUCUCCCAUGAUCUCCCGACAUCUGGUAAAAGACUACAUGUCCAGUAAACCAUGUUGAUAAGCGUUCACUCAUACCCUCAGCCAAGGGCUUGUGUCUGGCGUCGGUACACCCAGACACCCUCCUGCAGCAUGUGGGUCACUCACAUGUGUAACAAUAGAUGGGCAGAGCUGAGAGACCUUCAGAUGUGACGCUGGUUCUCUAAAAGGUCACCAUUACCAACGGCAAGGGCGCUGACAUCAGCACAAAGGAAAGAUUCUAUGUAUUCAGACCCAUGUUAUUUCAUUGGUUUGUAUGGUAUAUCAACAUGUUUACAGUUUGCUUUGUCAUAAGGAUUUGGUUACAGGAUACUGUAUGAUAUAUUUUGAUUUAUCUUUCAGUUUUUUUUGUUAAAUUGCUCAAAAAAUCAAAAAAAUCAUGUAUCUCUUUGUAAUAUGAUUAAUGCCUAAUUGAACAAAAGAUUAAAAUAACUUGUUCAGUUGGUAUAAAAUGAUUUGUGUGACUUUUAUUAAACUAUUCAAUGCCUACAGAGAA